AUGUCCGACAAGAACAGCGCUUCAUUCGUCUUCACCGAGGUCUACAACGAAACCGGCUGGUCGAGCGACGGCGUUGCCUGGCUGGUCGGCUUGAUCAGCACGGUAUACCCAUUCCUCGGAUACGACGCUGCUUGCCAUCUUGCUGAGGAAUUGCCCGACGCUGCCCGCAACGUGCCGCUUGCGAUGAUUGGAAGCAUCGUACUCAAUGGGCUCAUGGGGCUUGCGUAUGCCAUCAUACUCCUUUUCUCCACGAGCAGACUGGAGGGUGUUCUCGCCACACCUCUUGGUUUUCCGGUGAUGCAGAUUUACCUGGACGCGACUCAGUCCGCGGCAGGCGCGACGACGAUGUCGCUACUGCUCAUUGUUCUAGCCGGAGCCGCUUGCUGCGCUGCGUUGACAUCAACAUCGAGAACAUUAUGGGCUUUCGCUCGCGAUGAGGCCGUGCCUUACUCGAAACUCAUCGGACGGGUGGACCAGCGGACCCAGAUUCCAGCAAAUGCGAUCUAUGUUAUAUUGGUAUUGCAAAUGCUCAUUGGGUUCAUCUACUUGGGCAACACUACCGCCUUCAAUGCCGUGCUUUCCAUGGCCAUCAUCGGUACAUACACAUCAUAUGCUCUUCCUAUCGUCGGAAUGCUUCUCAAUGGCCGCAGGAAGUUGAGCGUUUCCGAGUACGGGCCUUUCAGAUUGCGCGGCUGUGUUGGGCCCAUUCUCAACGUGAUUGCCAUUGCGUUCAUGGUGCUAUCAAUUGCUUUCAGCGCGUUCCCUAGCCAAAUACCUGUCAGCUGGGAAACGAUGAACUACUCAACUGGGGUCAUGGUCGGGUGGUCAGUCUUCGGGGUAUUGUACUACACGUUGAAGGGAAGAAAACAGUUCCGUCUCCCGAUCAUCUUGACACCUUUGAAUGGCCAAAUUCCAGGACAUAGUGAUAGAGUAUAG